CCUGCUCAAAUAAAUUUUCAGUAUUGAGGACGGUAGUAAAGGCAGAUUUGUGAGAAAUUUGAACAGGGCACCCUAUCGAUGCGGGUAGCAUUUGUGGCUUUUCACUUUUGUUUUGUGUAGUUGUUUGUGGCUUUUGCACAUGGCUACUGCUGGGUUGUGCAGGUGAUGUGAGCUCCACAGCCACCAUGGUGUUUUACUUCAAAAGCACAGUGGUGUCUCCUCCAGCCCUCAUCUUUAUGGGCCUGGACAAAUAUGAAAAUGAAGAUCUCAUCCGCUGGGGCUGGCCAGAAGAUGUGUGGUUCCAUGUGGACAAAGUUUCCUCAGCUCACGUCUACCUUCGGUUGCAACAAGGCCAGACGCUAGAUGACAUUCCAUCGAGUGUUUUGGAAGACUGUGCGCAGCUGGUGAAGGCGAACAGCAUUCAAGGUAACAAGAUGAACUCAGUGGACAUCGUCUACACCAUGUGGUCCAACCUGAAGAAAACAGCCGGCAUGGACGUCGGACAAGUUGGAUUUCACAAGCAAAAGGAGGUUCGUACGGUUAGAGUCGAGAAACGCAUCAACGAGAUCGUCAACCGACUGAACAAGACGAAGGAGGAACGCCAGGUGGACUUCAUGGCAGAGCGGGAAGAGAGAGACCGCAAAGAGCGAGAGGACAAGAAGCAGCUCCUGCGACUGCAGAAGGAAAAGGAAAAAGAGGAACAGAAACAGAAGGAAGAGCAGACAAAACUCAGGAGCUACGACAACUUGAUGAAGGAGGAAAAAAUGAAGUCUAACAAGGAGGAAGACGGUUAUGACUCUGAUGAUUUUAUGUGACAUGCGUGGACAAGGUUGCUCGUGGGAGGAAGAUGUACUAUAAUAAAUUUAGCCUGUUCUUUUC